AUGGGAAAUGAAAUUGACCAGGAUAAUACUACCGGUACUCCGACUAUGAGAAAUCCCUUUGCGGCGGUGCAUACCUCGCCGGGUGGCCUUGCUGCUCGCGUGGGCAAGUUCGUCUUGCCCGACAGAAAACCGAUUCAGACUCCGCAUUAUAUUACUAUCACGUCGCGAGGAACUGUGCCGCACAUAUCACCGGAUAUAGUCAGGAAUAGUACCGCGAUUGGAAGUCUCUUCAUCGGACUGGAGGAUUUUCUGGACAAAGCUCCUCAAAAGAUCCCUGUGUUGAAUGUCCCUCAAUCCCACCCACAUGAAUCGCGACUCCGCAAGUUCAUCGCCGCGCAGGACGACGACAUCCUUAUUCUAGCUGCCCGCCGAGCUCAACCUGUCAUAACCCCGCAAGCGAACACGGCGAACGCAGUCGCGAUUAUAACGUCGUCGGGAUCAUGGAUUCUGGAGCACACGAAAUGGCUGGAUAUGGUACCGAAACUGCGACCGGAUAUUGUUGUCGGUUUCGCGGAUCUGGCGUACGGGCAUACGCCGGGUGUGAAGAGGAGGGAGAAGAUGGUUGAUCGCACACAUGCGUUCACUCGGGAUGCGACGAGACAUCUGUAUCCCGAGUCGACCGAUUCAACCGAUGAUAGUAGCGAGCUGAAGACUCCGCUAUACUUUGCGCCCGUCCUCCCGCUCGAGAAUACGCAGCAGGGACUCUAUCUUCAAGACCUGGAAGAUGAAUUACGACCCCGGGUCUCGGGUCUGGCUCUCUACGAAUCUGCGUCGUUGUGCAUCAUACCGGAAUCCCUCGCCGAUCUGCCGCGACUCUGUAUCAGUGAGCCAUGGGUACCGCAAGAGAUCCUUCGCGAUGUCGCGCUGGGCGCGGAUUUAUUCACCAUCCCGUUCAUUGGGGAUUUAUCGAAUGCCGGUAUCGCAUUAGACUUCACCUUUACGCCGUCAAAACCAACAACAACGGAAACUCCUGCAUCCGCACCGAAACCAUUAGCAUUCGACCUUUGGCACAAAUCAUACGGUACUGACAUCGCCCCCAUCUCUGAGGGCUGUCAGUGCUAUGCAUGCCAAAAGCAUCAUCGCGCAUAUAUUCAUCACCUCCUCUCGGCUAAGGAGAUGCUUGCCUGGUCACUGCUACAGAUCCACAAUCAUCAUAUAAUGGAUCAAUUCUUUGAGGCUGUGCGUCAGUCUAUUGCGAGUAAUACGUUCGAGGCGGACGUUGCUGCUUUUGAGAGGGAGUAUGAGUCGGCGUUUCCGAAGCAGACGGGGCAGGGACCUAGGAUACGAGGAUAUAAUAGCUACGUCUCUGGCGCGGGCGAGCCGAAACGAAACGCGCCGGCCUAUGGACGAUUGAAUGAUGCCCUGGAGAAAUAUGCCGAGUCUCAGCAGUCUUCUGUCGCGACGCCGGAUACAAAUGCAGAGGGUUUGGAGAGGCAUGGGUUUGCGGAGAAAAGUGCUGACCUUUGA